UUCCCAGACACAAGAUGCCUGAAAAUAUUUAUUUCAACACUUUUACACAACACAAGCCAACAGAUACAGAUGAGAACAAAGUACGUGCCAGAAUUAAGAGACAUGCUAUCUACGUGGUUAUUAUUAUCUUGGUUUUCCUCUCCCUGUCUCUGCUGGCUAAUGCAGUGCUGGCAUACCUGUAUUACACCAAUGGCACAAAUCAUCUGACAGCAUGUCGACCAUUUACAAACUACUCAAAUCCAGAUUUUCCAGAAAGAUGGGUCCUGAACAAGGACAGUUUUUAUGUUUUCUCCAAUGAUACAAAUGACUGGAACACCAGCAGAGAAUGCUGUCAGGCCCUGGGUGGGGACCUGGUCAUCAUUAACAGCAAAGAGGAGCAGGAAUUUCUUAAUCAGCAAAUUGUUUCUCUUACUGCACUGACCCUACACUGGAUUGGCCUGACUGACAGCCAGACUGAGGGGGUGUGGCUAUGGGUGGACAACAACCCCUUAAACAAUAACCUCUCUUGUUUGUGUUCCUGUCAGAUGGUGGAUCUUCCCUCCUGAUAAUUCUGAUAAAAAUGAUCCCUUAGGUGAAGACUGUGCUG